AUGGAAUGUGUCUCUGCUGCACGCGCCAGCUCCCACUUCUUCCAUCAAGGCUCCUUCACCAGGUUUGCUGACUGGCGGUUUAUUCACCGGGCUCGUCUCAACCUGGUCCCCCUCAAUGCCACCAAGCCCUGGGACCGCUCCCGCCGUUCCUGCCGACGCUGCCAGUUUCCCGAGGAGACCCUACCUCAUGUGAUUGACCAUUGCAUGAGGUAUGCACGCCUCUUUCAGAAAAGACACAACGCCAUCGUCUCGAGGAUUAGACAUGCUGCUGCUAGUAAAUGGAAUGUGAUGUUUGAAAACCAGGCCAUCCCUGGUUCUUCCUUAAGGCCCGAUCUUGUUCUUGCAAAGGACGACACCUGCCUCAUCCUCGAUGCCACAGUCCCGUUUGAGAACAGAUUGUCUUCGUUCCAAGAAGCAAGAAGUGCUAAAGAGGAGAAGUACCGCCCGCUUGUCGACAUCCUACGCAACACAUACAGAAAUGUCCAGGUCGGCGCCAUCAUCGUCGGUGCACUUGGCUCCUGGGAUCGUGCAAACGACAAGAUAGUGAGAAGACUUGGCUCAAACAAAUAUGCGAACUUAAUGCGUAAGCUCAUAGUUAGCGAAACAAUAAGUGUUUCCAGAGACAUUUACAUUGAGCAUCUAACUGGAAAUCCGCAAAUUGCGCAACAAAAUCAGAAUACCUCACCCGGUGAUUAA